UCAACGAGCUCACAUGAUCGCGCUGGCAGGAGAGCUCCUGAAGCUGCAGGAACAAUGUCUGUGGUGAAGCUGGAGGAGUGUCGAGAGCGAAUUCGUUCACAGCUGGACAAUGUAGUGGACUUCUGGCUUAAAUACUCCCAUGACACAGUACACGGAGGCUUCUUCACUUGCAUUGGGAGGGACGGAAGUGUUUAUGAUGAGCUGAAAUACGUCUGGCUGCAGGGCAGACAGGUGUGGAUGUAUAGUCGGCUGUACCGAACCAUGGAGCGCUUCCACAAGCCGGAAAUCCUUGAAGCAGCAAAAGCUGGAGGUGCGUUCCUGAGAAAGUUUGCUCGCGUGUCCAGGACCAGCGGUCAGUGGAAAUGUGCCUUCUGCUUAACCAGAGACGGUAAAGCAGUCAAAGUUCAGAGGACCAUAUUCAGUGAGUGUUUCUACAUCAUGGCCAUGGAUGAACUCAGCAGAGUCACCGGUGACCAGGAGAUGCAGCUGGAGGCCGAGCAGAUGAUGGAGCAGCUGAUCCACUGGGUUCGGGUGGACUCGUCCGGCCUGGGUCGGCCCCAGCUCCCGGGAGACGUUCCCGCCAACAGCAUGGCCGUUCCCAUGAUGCUGCUGUGUUUGGUGCAGCAGCUAACUGGAGGUCGGGGUCCGGAGGUGGUUCAGAAGUACAAAGAACUGGAACAGUGGUGUGUGCAGCAGAUUCUACACCACAUCCAGAGAGAUGGAACAGCUAUUUUAGAGAACGUGUCAGUCGAUGGGAAGGAGCUGCCGGGUUGUUCGGGACGACUCCAGAACCCGGGUCACGCCCUGGAAGCGGGCUGGUUCCUGCUGCAGUACGGUGCAGAGCGGACGGACGAGAAGAUCCAGAGCACUGCCAUCAACAAGUUCAUCGAGCUCCCUUAUCAGUGCGGCUGGGAUAAAACGCAUGGCGGUCUGUUCUACUUCCUGGAUGUGGAUGGUCACUGCCCCACACAGCUGGAGUGGAACAUGAAGCUGUGGUGGCCUCACUGUGAGGCUCUCAUUGCUUUCCUCAUGGCCUACAGUCAGACCAGGAAGCCUGAGCUGCUGGAGAGAUUCCUUCAAGUUUAUGAAUACACGUUCAGCCACUUCCCUGAUGCUAACGGCGGUGAGUGGUUCGGCUAUUUGACACAAGAAGGGAAAGUAGCACUGGAUUUUAAAGGAGGUCCGUUUAAAGGGUUCUUCCACGUGCCUCGCUGCCUGUACAUGUGCGAGCGCAUCCUGGAUGAUCUGCUGGCAAACGAAGACAGAACACUGUGAUGUGAGCGUUCUGAUGACGGGAUUUAAUCUGAUCCGUGGGUCUGUGCACUACAUCGAACCACAAAUAGUCAGUGUGUAAAGCAAAAUUGCACAAAUUUUUAAUCAUACAUGUACAGACAUUCUUCAACACUAGAGUGGCCUUCUUUACACGGCAGUUUGCACUUCAGGGAAGAUGCUUUCAGCGCAGAUAAAAUCAUGUUUUUAAUGUCUUGUUUUCUUUUUUUCCCCUCUCCCUGCUGUCUGUUAAAUGUGUAUUAUAAAGGUUUCACUGCUCAGUGGCUGAAAUGUUCAAGAGGCUGUAAAUCUAAUAUCUGAUGUCCAGCUUCAGAGCUAACAGACUUUAUAGGUCACUCGGCCGUCCAUGUGCAUUUUUAGAUGCCUUUUCAAGGUUUUAGAAGAUGUAAGGAAACUCAAACUACAAGGCAGAAACAUUAACACCAAAAAACAAAUGUUCUAUGUUUAAUAUGUGGCAUCUCUAUGCGUACUUUAAAUACCUUUUUAUCUUCUUAUAUGAAUCAUUCCACAGUUUUACCAGAGCUGUUUGUUUGUUUUGUUGUCGUUUAGUUUAGUUUUUCCCUUUAUUUUAAGCAUACCAACUGUUAUUCUAACAUAAAAGGGAAAAAGUUGGUAGUGAAGUUAAAGCUAUAUGAUCCUCCUGCUCGUGACCUGCAAGUAAAAAUGACAGUAAAUGAAUUGUAUAUUGAAACAUGACAACCGAUGAUUAAAUGGUUAUUCUGAUAUAUAAAUACUAAUUA